CCAGGAAUACAGGAGUAUUAUUUGUGUCAUUGACUGGUCUCUAGUACUAUGCGUAGGAUACUAGUACGUAAAUAACUACGUUUUCUAUGCAUGCAUUAGUUACCAUGGAUUUUAUCCACACCCAAUGUACCUUUAUGUUUAUUUCACAAUUUGAAUGCAUAUUGAUCCAGACCGCUGUACCUUGUUACUUGAUAUAGCUAACCUACCUGUGUAAACAGUAUCAGAUUUUCUGAUUAAGGGAGUUUAAAAUGGAGACUACUGUAACAGCUGUGAAUUUUACCAGAGCAAUAAAGCAAAAGGGAAUAUUAUCUAUAAUUGGAAUAUUGCUGUUCGCUUUAAAUGGAGCAUGUGAUGGAUAUGACAUGGAAAACUACUGCGGCGAAAAGUUUAGUUUCAUCUUGAAUGACGAAUACCAGAUAAAGCUCGAACUUGAUGACAUGUACAUUUAUGAUAACGCUGACGACUACACAUACCAGAGAAGAGGAUACUGUGAGACCAAGUUCGAAGCCUGGUAUUCAAACUAUUCCAAUCUCAUGUUCUAUUUUGAAGAUCUAGACCUCGAUUGCGAUAAAGGCCAUCUCGAGUUUUACACUGAUGAUAGUGGUUAUAUACGUGUGCCGGGCUUGGAGAGAGACAUAUGUGGGUACGACAAACCACAGGGUGUAUUUAUUGUGGACAAACGGUAUUUCCGAAUAAAAUACGUCCCUAAAAGUAGCCAGUACAUUAGUGAUAUAUUUUCUAUUAUAAUUACAAUAUAUGGGGAUGUUAAACUCCCUCAUAUGUCAACCGCCUUAGCCGACCCGAUGCACCCAUUUCUGCAAACUCCAUCCCAGCCAACCUCAAUCCCACUACCAAAAUUCGUUAUUAAGAAAUCAAAACUGGAAAAGCUCAGUCUAGAAGAUGAUAUUACUUGUGAAAAAAAGCUAAAAAGCUUAAACAUCACCGAGACCAUCUCAUUUUCAGGUUAUUGUCCAGUCUAUGCACACGAAUGCGCCAACUCUCGAUGUAUAGAUGAAGACCUUACUUGUAAUGGCUAUGACUCGUGCGGGGAUGGUUCUGGUUGUGACCUAAGCACGGGUACAAUCGUCGGUAUAGUGAUAGGAAGUCUUACUGGGUUUGCUUUAAUUGUUAGUGUAGUCGUCUGCUGUAUCUGUUGCACGAGGCGUAGUGGAAAAACUCCCGGAGUGGUGCAGAACACAACUAAUCCAGCGGUUAUAUAUUCAGCUCCGAACCAACAGACAUAUAGCCAACCAAUGUACGGGGUAAACCAGGAAUCACCGUACCCUCUUGCCACUGCACCAAGCCUUCAGCCUACGGCUCCAAACCUGCCGGAUUACAGCCAUCCGAUGAAUGAUGUUAGUCAGGGGACACACUAUCCUACAAACCAGGCAUACUAUCCAUCCGUAUCACAAACUUCGGAGACUAAUCAACAACCACCUGGCGAGAAGCAAUAUAGUGUUCCCCCACCGCAAUAUAGUGAAAUCUUUGCUAACUCUGAACAAGGCAUCAAUCAACCCAUGUACAAACAGCUUGUACGCUAGUAUAAUGUAUUGUUAUUGAAUAAAAAAUAAACAUAUGUACGAAAGAUUUUAUUAAACUCAUUUGCAAGGUAUUGCUUUGACACUGAAGCAAACAGUUCUAUAAAAUAUUUUUUAUUAAAAUUAUCCAUGCGAGAAAGGUUGAUAAGUUAACAUCAUAUUUCUACCUGUGAUGCUUUAUUCAUACUAAUAUUACUGAAGGUAUACAUGCAAGAAAGGUUGAUACCGUAACAGUUAACAUUAUAUUGCUACCUGUGAUGCUUUAUUCAUACUAAUAUUACUAAAGGUAUACAUGCGAGAAAGGUUGAUACAAAUAACACUAUAUUUCUACCUGUGAUGCUUUAUUCAUACUAAUAUUACUAAAGGUUUACAUGCGACAAAGGUUGAUACAGUUAACACUGUAUUUCUACCGGUUAUGUUUUAUUCAUACUAAUAUUACUGAAGGUAUACAUGCGAGAAAGGUUGAUACAGUUAACAUUAUAUUUCUACCUGUGACGCUUUAUUCAUACUCAUAUUACUGGACAUGAAUCUCUUUAUUGUGAUGUCAAUAAAAAGUGAAAAA